UAGGUAGUAUAUAUACUGGAUACAUGCUAGUUAGCAAAUUAGUUAGCUGGUUUGUGAUGCAGGGCAACAGAUUUUAUUUGUAUGUGCAUAGAUACGUUGUAACUGUUGUCUAGAUAGAAAUACACUUGGGCAGACGAAUAUCAAGUGGUUGAAAUGCCUAUUUGUUAUUUUGAGGAUGUUUUAUGUACAUGUGCCCAAUGCUGCGGAUACUGAUGAGAGAUAAAUUAAAUGUGCUUGUUGUGUCUGAACAUCGUUACAGACAUGGUAGAUAUGUUGAUCUCAAUGUCAACGUAUAUGUCAAUAGUUCCAUACAGAUCAUUUGCUGAUAAACAUGCUGUUCAAUAUAGUGUCAGAGUUCUGAAUUAUUCUAAGGUUUAAUUAAAUAUAUGUUGGAACAUCUAGGUAGAAGAUUUGGAAUUUGGUCAUGUAUUUGUGUCAGGUUUGCAUCUAUUUCUGAUUGCUUUUUAGGUACAACGCGUCACCAGUCACCAUUGCCUCAUCCAACUCCUCAGCUACAGUAUGGACUUCUGCAUUCACCUCCUGCAGUGCCUCGCAAGCCCCCUGAACAUGACAGACUGCCAGUUGCAAGACAUCGACUUGCAAGCUCAGCAACGCAACAGAGUGCUGACUCAGGUGUUGGUGUAUGCAGCAUUGCAAGUGCUUUAUCUGAAAUAGGACUGAAAGAACAGAAAGAAAGGGCUAUUGGGACGGUUCGUGUUACUCGUUCUUAUCACAGUAAUGUUGAAGAAGGGAUGCUUCAGUUGAAGGUUGGACAAACAGUCUACAUCCUAUCACAUGCUGAUGAUGGAAAAUGGUAUGGUAUAGCUGGGGACCAGAUUGGUUUCUUUUACAUAACAUCUGUUGAUCAUGACAAUAUCACAUGGCAAGAAAAUUGGCAGCAGAGUGUAGAAGUACAGCGUGCUGAAGUUAUUCGAGACUCAACACCGGAUCGUGAUGAUAUUGGUUUUCUACAAGUGAAAGUGCAUGAUGAGGUUUAUGUGCUGGCAAUGCCUGAUAGUGGUUUAUGGACUGCUGAGAAGGACAGUUGUGUGGGGUACAUAUACAGUAGUGACCUUCAGUUACUGGGAGAAGAGAGCAAAGGUUGGGAUCAUGCACCUGCAGAAGAACACUGGUCAAGGCGAAUGCGGACUACAUCUAUCUACACCCAACCACAUCAUGUCAAGUUUUAUGGUAGGGCAGUAAAGUCAAAUUCUCUUACAGGACCGAAUGCUCUCCACUUUAAGGCAAAUGACAGAAUUGGGAUUAUUGACAGUCCAUCUACCACUAGUUCGGGUUUGUGGUUUGGGAAACUCGGACGAAAAGCAGGAAAAUUUCUUUUUAGUGAUGUGGAAGUUGAGAGCUAUGCAGGCCUGGAAGAAAUCCGAGAGGUAUCAUCUCACAAGUCAACAACACUGUCUCAUUCUGUAAGAUUGCCUGUUCAUCAGAAAGUGAUUGAUGAAAUGAAGUCACAAACCUUGCCCCAACGUCGAACACAUGAUAUUUCACAUACAAGUUCUACUCCUAUUCUACCUCCCCGUGGGGCAGCGCGGAUUCAGGGGUUUGGUCAACAUCACUUUUCAAAACCUACUCGUGGCUCACAGGUGCCAUCAUUACCAGAAAAUGUCAAUCGCAGGUUUGACAAUCUGUAGAGGUGCAGCUUUUAUUGUUCGACUCAUAGUGUUUAGACAUAUGUUCCGCGUCAACAACAUGUUUAUUACAAUUUAAUGUUAAAAACAAUUGUCUUUGUAACUAACAUAAGUGAGUGAAUGUGAACAUUUAUGACAAGACUGCUAGAAGUAACUAUGAAAUGCUGUAGACUUCGACAUUUUGAUGAUAUGACAAUGAUUGCAAUAAUUAUUGCAGGUACAUUGUGUUGUAUGUGUGAAAGGUAGUGUAUCUGUC